UGGAAGAUUCUCGGUCCAUCUCUCCGUCUUCUCGGAGCUUCCCUCCUUUCAACCCCCUUUUUUUUUUUUUUUCCGAUUACCGGCAGAGCGAGGACAGGCGACGUAGAGCAAGGGCGACGGCCGCUAUGGCUUCGGGCCUCCAGAUGGAUCAAGAAACCUCCCUCGACCUCGUGAAGAAGGGCGCCACUCUUCUCCUCCUCGACGUUCCGCAGUUCACUCUCUUCGGUAUCGACACCCAGAUGUUCUCUGUGGGGCCUAACUUCAAAGGCAUAAAAAUGAUCCCGCCUGGUCCACAUUUCAUUUACUAUAGCUCCUCAAACAAGGAAGGAAAUGACUUUUCGCCAACCGUUGGCUUCUUCCUUACUACUCAACCUGCUGAGGUGGUUGUUCGUAGGUGGCAUCAGCAAGAGGAGCAGUUGAUGAAACUUUCAGAAGAUGAGGAAUACAGAUAUAUUGAUGCUGUGAAGUGUUUUGAAUUUGAUCAACAACUUGGGCCUUAUGCUUUAGACCACCAUGGAGCGUGGAAGCAACUUUCUACUUACAUCACAAAGAAUGUUAUCGAACGGAUUGAACCUAUUGGAGGAGACAUUACAAUAGCGUAUGAGUCUGGAAUAAUUGACACAGCUCCUAAAACAGCCAUGGAGAGAUGCUUGAUGGAGCAGUUAAGAAAUAGUAAGUUUUCAAACAAUGCUGCAAAAGAAUCUCGUAAACGAGGAUGUUACUACACAACUAUUCCCAAUGCUGUUAAGAGUAGAGAUGUCUUCGGGGAAGAACUUACAGCAUUGAAUCUUGACAAAACAAAUUUAUUAGAGAGCAUACUGAUGAAAGACUACGGAGGUGCAGAAGAUCUACUUUUGGGGGAACUGCAAUUCGCUUUCAUUUCAUUCAUGAUGGGGCAAUCACUUGAAGCAUUUCUACAGUGGAAAGCAUUAGUUACCCUUCUUUUCAGCUGUACAGAGGCUCCCCUUAGGACAAGGACUCGGCUAUUCUCGAAGUUUCUCAGGGUGAUCUACUUCCAGUUAAAGCAUGGCUUUCAUAAAAAUAAAAAAGAUGGGAAUGCCGCAGACAAUGGAAUAUCUGUAUUCUUAGAUGAUGCAUGGUUCUCUAGAGACAUAUUUUUGUACCGUCUUUGCAAGGAUUUUUUUCCAGUGGUUCUAGAAUCCUCAGUUGUUGAUGGAGAUCUUCUGUUAUGGACCAGAAAACUGAAGAGACUGCUUGAAACUGCACUUGGUUGGGAUUUUGAGGAUAAUGCAAUGGAUCUUAUCUUUGAAGAAGAUGAUGAGUUCUCUCCUGUCGUUGUACCUUCAAAUGAACUUCAGCAACCAGUUUAUGGAGAAUCUCCUGUGAAUGCAGUAUACUUGUUGUAUUGCUACUAAUGCAGUAACACCUGAAGCAAUAAAUGCAUGCUGGUAUUAUCAUAUCUCUUA